AAAUCUCUCCCCAGAGAAAAACCCAACUUUAUAAUCACACUUCCAUUCCCACUCUUCGCAAAGCUCUUCUCUCUUUUGCUUCGGCGAUUUUGGUUUGGGGAUGGACGACGAUUUCGAGAUGCCACCGGUGGGUGGGAUGAACGACGAGGAGAUGGAUUUCGGCGGCGAUGAUGAUGCUCCGUUCCUGAAGGUCGGAGAGGAGAAGGAGAUCAAGCAAGGUUUGAAGAAGAAGCUCGUCAAGGAAGGUGAAGGAUAUGAAACUCCCGAAAAUGGCGACGAAGUUGAAGUGCAUUACACGGGAACGUUGAUGGAUGGUACGAAGUUCGAUUCUAGCCGCGACAGGGGGACUCCGUUCAAAUUCACUCUCGGACAAGGUCAGGUUAUCAAAGGAUGGGAUAUUGGUAUCAAAACAAUGAAAAAAGGUGAAAAUGCGGCAUUCACCAUCCCUCCAGAGCUAGCAUACGGUGAAUCUGGCUCUCCACCGACUAUCCCUGCGAAUGCCACGCUUCAAUUCGACGUGGAAUUGCUUUCUUGGGUUAGCGUCAAGGAUAUAUGCAAGGAUGGUGGCGUGUUCAAGAAAAUUCUUGCUGAAGGAGAGAAGUGGGAAAACCCAAAGGAUCCUGAUGAAGUUCUUGUUAAGUAUGUGGCUCGACUUGAGGAUGGCACAGUCGUUGGAAAAUCUGAUGGCAUAGAGUUCACCGUCAAAGAUGAUCACUUUUGCCCUGCAAUCUCCAAGGCUGUCAAAACAAUGAAAAAGGGAGAAAAAGUUCUUCUAACAGUUAAACCACAAUAUGGUUUUGGGGAGAAGGGCAAACCGGCCUCUGGUGAUGACAGUGCCGUUCCUCCAAAUGCCACACUUGAGAUCAAUCUGGAGUUGGUUUCGUGGAAAACUGUGUCUGAGAUAACUGAUGAUAAGAAGGUUAUGAAGAAAACCCUCAAGGAAGGGGAAGGAUAUGAGCGACCUAACGAAGGGGCGGUUGUGAGAGUGAAAUUGAUUGGAAAGCUUCAGGAUGGUACUGUGUUCUUGAAGAUAGGCCUUGGUGAAGAUGAGGAGCCAUUUGAGUUCAAAACAGAUGAAGAGCAAGUGGUUGAUGGACUUGAUAGAGCAGUGAUGAAAAUGAAGAAGGGUGAGGUCGCCCUAGUGACCAUAGAACCAGAGUAUGCCUUUGGCUCUGCUGAAUCAAAACAGGAAUUGGCAGUGGUUCCUCCAAACUCAACUGUUUGUUAUGAGGUUGAGCUUCUGUCCUUUGACAAGGAGAGGGAAUCAUGGGACAUGAAUACCCCGGAGAAGAUCGAAGCAGCUGGUAAGAAGAAGGAAGAGGGGAAUGCAUUGUUUAAAGCCGGAAAAUAUGCCCGAGCUUCCAAGAGAUAUGAGAAGGCUGUCAAAUUCAUCGAGUACGAUUCAUCCUUCAACGAGGAUGAGAAAAAACAGGCGAAAGCAUUAAAGGGGGCAUGCAAUCUCAACAACGCGGCUUGCCAACUGAAGCUGAAAGAUUACAAGCAAGCCGAGAAAAUAUGCACUAAGGUGUUAGAACUAGAGAGCACAAACGUUAAGGCUCUAUACAGGAGGGCUCAGGCAUAUAUUGAGUUAGCAGAUUUGGACUUGGCUGAGUUUGACAUCAAGAAAGCCCUUGACAUCGAUCCCAACAACCGGGAAAUGAAGCUUGAAUACAGACGCUUGAAGGAGAAAAUGAAGGAAUACAACAAAAAGGAGGCCAAAUUCUACGGAAACAUGUUUGCGAAACUGAAUAAGGAGGCAUCGAAAGAUCCCGAGCCAAUGAGCGUCGACAGCAAGGCAUGAGCACGUGUAAGUCUUGUUCUUGUUGGAUCCCUCGAGUGUUUUUUCGGGUUUUGUCAGUUGUUUUCUGUUGUUGGUUCGGUGAUGAUGAUGAUUGGUGAUGCAUUGUCCUAAGAAAUAAUUUUGUGAAAACUUGAAAGAUAAUUUUUUUGGUUUUUUGAU